AAUAUCUUACAUCUGGAACAUCACAGUCUGAUCCAAUACUGGAUACUUCCCUACCAAACAUGACUGAGGCACAGGUUCUCCAGUGUGGGGAAGACUUGAAGACAUUCUAUCGCGGACAAAUGUGCAAAAUCAAACCUAACCCGCUUGAUUUCAAUAUCAUCCUUGAAUUCGAGCAAAUUUACACAAACUUAACGCUGCUCAGGAGCGAAAAGGGAACAAGGAGAACCAAAAUGCCACUGGAUUACACUGAUCUUCUUACUACACAGAUUAAUGGGGAAAUUCCUAAGCGUCUUCUGGUUGAAGGUGAAGGGGGUGUAGGUAAAACGACCUUCUGUUCGAAGAUCGCAUGGGAUUGGGUCACUGGAUCUCCAGAGUUUCAGAACUUCAGUUGGGUUCUGGUUAUACCCCUGCGCAAUGUUGUAAAGGGUCAGACAAUUGGUGAUAUUAUGUUAAACUAUCUCUCUGAUAGUAAUGCUGUAAGCCCUAGACAGAUCGAUAAUUACAUAUUGUCUCAACCUACAAAGGUUCUGAUUGUACUUGAUGGACUAGAUGAGUAUGAUGGGGACCUCUCUACCACAGCAAGCUCAGAUAUUUCUCAGAUUCUACGAUCGGAGAAAUUCAAGGAAUGCAUUGUUCUGGUGACAACAAGACCAUGGAGGGCGGAACAGAUCAAAUCCAACGAAGGAUUGAGUAGGUUGUAUGCAUUCAUUGCAGUAGAAGGAUUUAGUGCUGAUAAUGUCUCAAAAUACAUCAAGAGGUACUUCAUAAAUGAUGAAAAGGCGGGAUCAGAACUCAGUCGGUUUAUUGAAGUGAAUGAUGUAAUCAAGGAGAAUAUGUCACCCUUCCCAAUUUUCGUAGCAAUGCUAUGUAUCUUAUGGGAACAUUGUGACAGAGAGAAAAGAGAAACAAUACGAAGACUGAAGACAUUUUCUCAAUUAUUUGAACAAAUGAUCAUGUAUCUAAGAGACCAUUAUGUGUCAAAGGUUGUCAAAGUGUUACGUAAAGCACAUCUGGACAAGGAAAUGGAAAGUAUCAAGCUUUGUUUGCAAAGCAUAGGAUCGAUUGCAUUCUCAGGACUACUGAACAAGAAAUUAGUUUUUAAUGAGGAGGACUUCAGCUCGUGCAAGGAUGCCAUGGAGACAUGUUGCAGAAUCGGAGUUCUGAGUCAGGAAAAUCGAAAUGUUUCCGGAUGGAAAAGAACCUUAACUGCUUCACAGUCUGUAAUCACUAGUGUCUUCUUCCCUCACAAAUUAUUUCAAGAAUAUAUUGCAUCUGUUUAUCUUGCCUCUCUAUAUGACACGAAUCGCGAAGAGUACAGUAGGUCGAUGGGUGAGGUACUGAUGAGCAAGAACCCACAAGAAUUCCGUUACCUCUUGUAUUUCACUGCUGCCCUUGGAAGGGAGGUGGGACUUGAUAUUGUCAAGAAAAUACAACAAAAGGACUUCCCAAAUGUACGACAGAGAACGAGAAACAAUGAUUUUCUAGCAGAUAUCACUUUUGAAGCGUAUGAUAAGGAUACAGCGAAAGCAGUAGGACAACAUAUAUUUGCAGACGAGAAAAAGUUGACCUUCGAUAAAGACAAGCCUGCUCACACAGUGUCUGGUUACCUCUUCGUCAUGGAACAGCAUGGAAUGGAAACUUUGGUGUUCAGAGACAGAUCAUGUGGCCCGACUGUAUCACGUGACCUAGCAGACGUCCUAUUCGCAUCGAACUCAUUAUCAAGAUUAGAGUUUUAUCGUACAACAUUGGAUGAUGACUUCUAUCAGUUAAUGCGUACACAUUUGUCUACAAUGGCGGUAAAUAUAUACAUAUUUAAACAGAAUACUAAUGAUUACAAUUGGUUUUUAUCAGACGAAUUUAUGCCAUUAUGUUAUACACAAAGCACACCUUUGGUCAAUCGAUGCCUAUAUUUUAGUGGAAAAUUGCAUAUGUUCAGAGAGGCGAAGAAAGCAACCAAAGUGUUAAAGAUACCUUGGAUUAAAUGUAAAAGUACCUUUGAGAAGACUAACUGA